CUCCACUCACCCCGUCCCCCCCACCACCACCACCACCACCCCCACCGCCACCAAGACUUACACACUAUGGCGGACUCCUUCUCAGAUACGAAUAGUCUUGUCGCGAUCGAUGCGCCCACGCCCGCCGGGACGCCGCCGCCGUCGCCUGGGAGAGAUCGGGAGAGAGACAGGAAGACGGUUGUUACGAGAACACUGAAUAGUCUGCAGAGUGAGGAGCAGCUGAAGCUGCUUAAUGAGAUCGAUAAACUGAGGAGCCAUGGCGUCAACGAUUUCGUCUCGCUGCCGCAAUUGGUCGUAUGCGGCGACCAAUCCUCCGGCAAAUCCUCUGUCCUCGAAGCGAUCACGGAGAUCCCCUUUCCACGACGGGACAACCUCUGCACACGUUUCGCGACACAGAUCAUGCUCCGGCGGUCGCCUACCACGCACGCCCGCGUAAAGAUCAUCCCCGACAGCGGGCGCAACUCCGCCGACCGCGCAAAGCUCGAGGCCUUCACCGGCGAAAUCAAGAAGCUCGAGGAGCUGCCAGAUCUCGUCGAGGAUGCCAAGGCUGUCAUGGGCAUCGAUGAUGGCGAGGGCGCGUUCUGUAAGGAUACGCUUAGUAUUGAGAUCUCCGGACCCGACAAGCCGGUGCUCACGAUCGUCGACCUCCCCGGUCUGAUCCACAUGGGCAACAAGAACGACGUCGAGAUCGUGUCUGACCUCGUGCACCGGUACAUGACCGACCAGCGGACCAUCAUCCUCGCGGUCGUCACGGCCAAGAACGACUACGCAAAUCAGAUCGUGCUAAAGCGGGCGAAGGAGGCGGACCCCGAAGGAUCCCGCACGCUCGGGAUAAUCACGAAGCCGGACACGCUCUCCGCCGGGAGCGCGAGCGAGUCGGAUUUCGUCAAUCUGGCAAAGAACAAGGAUAUCUUCUUCAAGCUUGGGUGGCACGUCCUGCGCAACCGCAACUACGAGGAGCGCGAUUGUAGCUUCGAGGAGCGCCACCGGCUGGAGCGCGAGUUCUUCUCGCGCGGUGCGUGGCGCGGCGUCGAUAACGGCAUCGAGUCGCUGCGCUCGCGCCUCAGCGUCCUGCUGCUGAACCACAUCAAGCGCGAGCUGCCGCGCGUGCACCAGGAGAUCGUGGCGGCGCUGCGGGAGUGCGAGGCGGAGCUCGAGCUGCUGGGGACACGACGGACGACGCCCGAGGAGCAGCGCAUGGUGCUGCUGCGCGCGAGCGAGGUCUUUGGCGGCCUGUGCAAGUCCGCCGUCGAGGGCACGUACGAACACAUGUUCUUUGGGCUGACGCAGGAGCACGAGGGCUCGCAGAAGCGGCUGCGCGCGCAGGUGCAGGCGCUCGGCGCGGACUUUGCGAAGAAGAUGCGGCUCAAGGGCCACACGAGGCAGAUCGUCGAGCAUGAGGAGGAUAUCACCAGCCAGAACGGGUAUCCGCAGGCGAUCACGAGGGCGCAGGCGAUGGAGUGGGUGCGCCCGCUGCUGCUGGGCGGGAGGGGGAGGGAGUUGCCCGGAACGUUCAAUCCGUUGCUGAUCAGUGAGCUGUUCUGGGAGCAGUCAAAGGGCUGGGAGGCGAUUACACGGAGACAUCUGAAGAAGGUGUACCGCAAGCUCAACGGGUUCCUGCGGUUGGCGCUGGUCGGCGUCGCCCCGCCCGACGUCAUCGAGGGGUUGUUCGCGAACCACAUCGACCAGGAGAUGGCCGAGCGCUUCCAGCGGGCGAACAAGGAGCUCGAGGGAUUGCUCAACGACAGGAGGCGACACGCGAUAACGUACAAUCACUACUACACCGAGAACGUGCAGAAGAUCCGCGACCGCCGGCUGAAGGAGCAGUACGAGGCCGUCAUCGAGGCGGCCCUGCAGCAGCAGAACAAGUCUUCGAACUCGGGCGCCGCGUUGACGAAGGCGCAGUUGAUGCAGGCCAUCUCGACACCGACCGAGGCGAGUAUGGAGGACUAUGCGUGUCAGGAGGCGUUGGAUUCCAUGCUCGCAUUCUACAAGGUGGCAUACAAAACCUUCGUCGACAACGUCGCCACGAUCGUGGUCGAGCGCCGGCUCGUCGGCGAUCUGUGGGAGAUCUUCUCACCCCUCAGCGUCGUGCGUAUGUCAUACGAGACGAUCGCCGCCGUCUGCGAGGAAGCCCCCGAAGACCAGAAGCGCCGCGACCGGCUCGAGAACAAGCGGAUCAGCCUCGCCGGCGGCCUCGAGGUGACCGGGCGCGCGCUGCGCGGCGUCAAAUGCGACCGCUCCACGCUCCACCACGACUCGGACGACUCGGACGACUCUGACGCGGAGGACCCAGCGGAUGCGGGCGACGACUCCGACGAGGAGGGCGAGGAGUGCUACGAGGAGGACGAGGAGUCGUCGUCGAUCAACAGCCGCAAGGCGGCGGCGACGACCAUCACCACCAGCGGGUACUCGUGGUCGCCGCUCAGCACUGUCCCCGCGCAGGAAAUUGCCAAGCCCGAGGUGAACCCGUUUAAUCGCGCGUUCCCCGUCGAGAGCACGGCUAGCUCGCCCGGUGGUUCCUUCUUCGGGAACCCCAUGCAGGCCGCCUAUUCUUUCAGUCCGCGUAUGUGGCUCCGUGUCUAAGGGUGUAAUGGUGUGGUGUGGUGUGGUGCGCGUGAUGCUGAUGUAUUGUGGGUGUAAUAGUACCGUACAGGAAGAAGACGAAGUAGGAUAGAAUAGACGUAGGAUAGUGGGGUGUGUAGUUACGGUUUCUGGGUAUUGGGUUACGGGUGUCGAUUUAAAGGCGUUUGCGUGGGUUUUGCGGUUUUGCGGUUUUGCUGGGCUUUGAAUUGGAUUGGAUUGGAAUGGAAUACACGUACGUACAGUUUUGCUGGGAUCCGGAUCGUACAUAUCGGAACUU